CGCACCUCUGACGUCACCAGGAAGUUCCGGGCCAGUUCCUAUGUUGACAUUAUGACAACGCUGCCAACAACAAAGUAGAAAUUAUUUUAUAUUAUUGUUAAUUUUGCUGACUUUACGUGAUAUUUACCGUCCACAGUUAUUUAUAACUACCCGUCUCAUGACUAUCGACACGUAGCAGGAUGGACAGCCGUUGUUAUUGCUGUGCAUCAAAGUUUAGUCUCUUCAAGAAGGAGCUGGGCUGUAAGAGCUGCGGCCGCUCCUUCUGCUCCAGCUGUUUGUCUUUCAGUGCUUUGGUGCCUCGCUGUGGAAACACCCAACAGAAGGUCUGCAAGCAAUGUCAUGGCAUCCUGACGAGUGGGGAGUCUCCAAACCAUGCUGGAAGAUGGUCUCCUCCUGAAAAUUACAAGAAACGGGUCGCUGCGUUCAAUGCCAAACAGCAGGGACAGUCUACACAACCGGCUGUACCUGGAGGGAUGGGCAACAGCAAACUGGGCCAUCUACCAGUAAAAGGCCUGACUAAAGAAGAUCAGGCUAUUGCUGAGAGACUUCAGAAGCUGAAAGAAGACACAAAACCAAAGUCUAUUCCUUCUGAGAGGGAGAUUGAGUCUCGUCUUGCUGCACUGAAAGCUCCCAGCCAGCCGGUGCCUUCUGCCGCAGAGAUGGAAGAUCGUUUAGCUGCUCUACGGGGUCAACAGCCACCAUCUCAAGCUCCUCGACCCGUGCAUCAGCCUCCCGAUAACCGGACUAAGACUGAGCAAGCCAAUGAUUUAAUAACUCAGAUGACAGAGGAAGUUGCCAUUGACAACCAGCAAUCAAACCUAGAACGCGGUGUAGACGACCUUAUGAACGAUCUCAACAAAGGGGAGGAGGCAACAUUGGAUGAGAACUUGGAGGAGAACCAGAAUGUAGUGAAGAAACUGGAGGCUGAGAAAGACCAUCUGCUCGAGGAAGCCAUGGAGGAGCUGAGAAAAGAGCAACAUUCCCAGGAUCAGAUCCUCCAAAUGGCCAAGAGGCUGGCGCAGCUGAAGGGGCAGGACCCAGACAAAGUAACAAUGCAAGACUUCCAGCAUCCUGACAGUGAAGAGGAGACUGAAGAACAGGCUGUGAUGAGAGUGUUAAAACAGCUCUCAGAAGAAACUGCACUUGAUGAGGCCAGCGGCUACAAUAUACCCUUUGAACAGAGUGGCCCGGAAAACACUGAGAAGAAAAAAACCUCUAAUAAACCGACUCCGGCACCCAAGAGCAAAGUUUUACCAGCUGCUGUCGCGCAUCAGUCAUCAGACAGUGACGACGAAGAACUUCCAUGGUGCUGCAUCUGUAACCAUGACGCCACCGUUCGCUGUCACACCUGUGAUGGAGACCUGUAUUGCAACCGUUGCUUCCGGGAAGGCCAUGAUAAAUAUGACAGGAUGGAGCAUCGAACCACGAACUACACUGCUCCAAAGAAGAAAAAGAAGAAUAAGACGUGAUGAUGAAGCCCUGCUGCAUGUCUUUGCCUUAGCAGCUUGGAUGACUGUAAGACUUUAGCCUAACGUGACUUCCUUUUGUUGCUGUAAUGGCACAUUAGAAAAUUCACUACAUACUGUAUUAUUUAAAGGAAGACAGAACUCUUCUCAAUCCAUAAACAUAUUUUAACAAGUUUUUUUUAAUUUAGGAAAGAGGUGUGGCUCUUUUCUGUAACUGCUAAGAGCGAUAUACUGUACAUUUAAAUGAAGAAACCCUUACGCUUUAAUCCUGGCAGAGCUAAGGCUUAGAAAUAGACAUAGCAUUGACAUAGUCAUACUGUAAAAUACAGCAUGGAUAAUAUGCAAAAUGUAGUUUAUGCUUGUGUAUGGUGAGAAAUAAAAUAAAGAUACAAGUAAGUAACAUUCCGCAGAGUCUUGGUAUUUUAGCAAGACUGCAUAGCUGCUGCCAAACUUACUAAGAAGCAUGAUUCCCCACCCCCACCCCCCUUUUUGUCAGUUGUCCUACUUCCUGUUGGUAACAAAGGUUUAUUCUAAGUAUACUUGGCCCUCAUCAUCAUUUGAUGCUUUUUUUAAAUGCAUAUACAGAAAGCAGACAGCUUAUGAGCUCAUCUGGGAAGGUGCGGAGUCCCAGACUAUUGUCUUCUCCAGACUGACGAAGCAGAGUCAGUAUAAAAAGAAUCAAUGGGGGCUUUGUUUUUCUUUCAUUCUUGUAGUCUGUUUCUGGCUGUAAUCCUGACACCAGAACUGGCUUUUUUGUCUUUAUGUGUAGUGUCAUUAUAAAUUAAACAAAACAG